AGCUUUCUUGGUUUUUCUCGCUCAUCGGUAGUUUAAAGCACAAGCGAAAUGCAGAUACGUUAACGGAACUGUCCCUCGCAUUCAAUGCUGUAGAAGRCAAUCCUUUGAACAUACUGAGCAGAGCAGACCAGACCCCACCAAACCAGGAACACUGUAGCAUACCGAAGAAGUAUUUAAUUCCACAUCAUGAAGACAAGCCAAAAAACGAUAGCGACAUCUGCGUUGGUGAUACUAUUGUCACUGUCGACGGGAAUGCUUUCCAUGCCUGCCGUGGGGGCGACUUUUGCUGUUGAAAAAAUCAACAAGCAGAGGGGAGACGCAUCGCACACACACCGAAAUACGCUCCGCCAAAAACAGUCCAACAAGGCCAAACUAGAAUCGAUUGUGCGUUCACAAAAUUUGCUUCCCCCGUUGCUACACGACGAAGAUCUACCCAUCGAAAAUGCCCAACAAAAAUGGGUUUCCUUAAACUCCGACGUGGAAUUCCUACCCGCCGACAAUAUUGAUCGCAAAAUUGUCCAUCGAUUUUUGGAGCAAGGAAACUAUGACGAAGAAGAAGAGGAAGCGGACGGUGGUAUGACGGGCAUGGAAUCCAUCUACAACGUGGAGCCCUUUGCUUACGGAGUGGACGAAUACGAUGAAUACCAACAGGCGUGGAGAUUGAUGGGAUUCAUUGUCGAUUGCUACCCCAUGGUUGACGAUGAUUACUACCAGAACGGAGGAUCUGGCAGUGGCGAUCAAGGAACCGAAGAUGGAUGUUCGCGGUAUGUUCUUUGGGCGGCGGUAAGUCCAAAGACUUUGCUUUUUUCUGUUGGCAUUAUUUUGUUUGGAGGCUGUCGUAUCAAUUCCCGGCUUCGACUUUUGUKUUGUGUUGUGCGGGGCUUGAGGCCAUACCGGUUGGGAUCAGAUUUGGAAGUUCCUUCCGAGAAAAUGAACCAAUUUGAAUAUAACACUCGUAUUUUCAGAAACGAGUUCCAAAUUAGUUUCACUUCGUUUGAUUUUUGGUCGACUGACCUUCUCAUCUGAUUCCUUCUCUUUUUAAAUUGUUGUGCAUUUUUGUUAUGGUUUGCAUCAAAACCAGUACGUCGACUUGGACUACGAAGGCGGAGGCAUCGGGGAAUACCAGUACUACAACGUCACCCAAAACUCAUGGGACACUUCAGCUUGUGACGCCAGUGGCAGCUCCCGGUGCCAAAAAAUGGACUGCCACCUGGAAAAUACUGACUUCUCCUUGCUAGGAUUCUUCAAGCAUAAGUCGUAUGACGAUUGGAUGGAACAACUAUUCAAACACGAGGGCAUCUGCGUUUGGAACGACGAGGAAUACGCCUUCAUGAAAAACGCGCGAAAGGCCUGGCCUCAGGGCUGUAUCGACUCGUACACGAUGACCGACGAUGGAACCGAAAUCUAUUACGACAUUAAACCCAUUCAGGGGGGAGACAUCCGAGUAGGAUUGUAUACCGACACACAGUGCAUUAAAGAGUACGUGUCGUCGGGGUCCAACGACCCCAUUACGGUAGAAAACAUCCUCGGAAAUUUCUUCGAAGGAGGAGGCAGUGGAAGUGGAGACAACUACAACUAUGAUUUCAGCAGUGAUACGCUCGAGGAAUCCAUGGCUCGAUGGGACAGCGCAUUCGGAAAAUUCCGCAUUUGUCAGCCAUGCGUCGCCUACGAUUUGGAGAACACAGAUGGAACAAAAUUUUACGACGAUGAUUCCGGAAACAGUGGCGAUAUGUUUGAUUGCUAUGACGAUGCCGAUUACACUAAUGUCAACCAGGUACGAAGGAUUUGUGUCUGCGAAAUUUUGCACCUGUUUUAGCCCGAGAAACAAAAUGACAAAAAAUGCAUUUCACUGUUCCAUGUCAAUUCAAUAUAUACAUUUCUGUCGCUUCUAACUCCUUCCUUUUUCGAUGUGACACACAAAUAAAUAAAUCAGUGUAUGAAAUUUAUGGCUAAAACAACCAUGAACACCGCAACAUUCCGAGAUAUGUCGUUGGGACGAUACCAAGGAACGCUCACGGCAACCCAGAUGAACGGUUUCAGUGGUAGCAAAAACUGGCGUCAGGAAGCCUGGGAAAAUGCGCUGACCUAUUUAUUUUUGUCCUUUUCGCUGAUUGUAUUCAUCUAUGGUUCCGUGUACUUCUACAAAGCAAAGGUGGCAACAAAUUACCAACCAACAUUCGGAUGGAUCAAUUUCAAGGAACCUUUGGUCAUGACGUAAACAUGCGAAAUAAUACUGGAACCUGGAUCAUUGUUUAAAUACCAUGCUGUAUUCAAGCAAGGAAACAAGAUAGUCGAUCACAGUCAUCACCAUCGAACAAAAGAUGAGCCGUAAUCAUAUGUGACGCCUUCAAGUUGGUCAUGGGAAUACAUAUAUCACGAGGUGUAGGGUGUGAUGGCUCUGUACAAUAGAUUAUGAGGCAAGAUGCCAUUGCCUCACUAAAUUUCAUAAUAAAAA